AUGGAACCACAGUUCUUCAAACCCAGAACAGUCCCGUAUGCAAUGAGAGCCAAAGUGGAGGCCGAGAUUGAGCGUUUGGUGCAACAGAAAAUAAUGCAGCCUGUUAAAUAUGCGGAGUGGGCCGCUCCGAUUGUACCAGUGUUAAAACCUGACAACAGUGUGAGAAUCUGUGGGGAUUAUAAACUGACAAUAAACAGAGUGUCCAAAUUGGAGCAAUAUCCUAUACCAAAAGUCGAAGAUUUAUUCGCUAGUCUAUCAGGGGGGCAGUUCACCAAGCUAGACAUGAGCCACGCAUACCACCAGAUCCCUUUGGAGGAGGAGUCAAAAAAAUAUGUGACCAUAAACACCCACAAGGGGUUGUUCACGUAUAAUGUGUUGCCUUUCGGGGUCUCAUCGAGCCCGGCUAUAUUUCAACGCACUAUGGAGGGGGUACUGCAGGGCAUACCUAAGGUGGCAGUUUUUUUGGAUGACAUCCUCCUGACGGGACGAAAUGACCAAGAGCACCUUCAGACCCUGGAGGAAGUGCUAAAAAGAUUGGACCAGGCUGGAUUGCGCUUGAGGAGGAACAAGUGCAUGUUCAUGAGCAGGGAAGUUAUUUUCCUAGGUCACAAGGUGGACUCCACAGGGUUGCACCCGGUACAUGAUAAGGUGGCAGCAAUCCAGGACGCUCCUGCCCCGACUUCCGUGACGGAAUUAAAAGCCUAUUUAGGUUUAUUGAACUACUAUAACAGGUUUUUGCCAAACCUAUCUACAAUUCUGGCCCCAGUCCACAGACUACUCAGGAAGGACACCAAGUGGCAGUGGGGAAAGGAACAGGUAGAUUCUUUCCAACAUUCAAAGCAAUUAAUGCAGUCAGCAGAGGUGUUGGUCCACUAUGACCCAGAGAAAGACCUUGUCCUAUCUUGUGAUGCUUCUCCACACGGGGUGGGUGCUGUGCUUUCUCACCGAAUGCCAAACGGGACUGAGAGGCCUAUAGGGUUUGUGCCUCGCACGCUAAACUCAGCUGAGAGGAACUACUCGCAACUUGACAAAGAAGGUUUGGCUGUCAUUUUCGGGGUAAACAGGUUCCAUAAGUACAUUUUUGGCCGGCCGUUCACUAUUGUGACAGAUCACAAACCCCUGUUGUCACUUUUUGAUGAGUUAAAAGCGGUCCCACAGAUCGUGUCCCCCCGUAUUCAACGUUGGGCUGUAACAUUAAUGGCUUGUGAAUAUCACAUCAUCUACAAGGCUGGAAAAUAUCAUGGAAAUGCAGAUGCAUUGAGCCGUCUGCCUCUGCCGGGGGACCUGGGUCCCAGUGUACAAAAGGAGAGAGUGCUCAUGUUGGAGACCUCAGACAUCACACUUGUGACCGCAGAGCAGGUGCGUACGUGGACCACAAAGGACCCUGUGCUCUCAAGAGUGAGAGAGAUGGUACAGAGAGGUUGGCUGCCGGAACAAGAGGGGGCUGAUUUUGCACCUUUCACCGCUCGGAAGAAUGAACUGAGUGUGGAAAAUGGAUGUGUAAUGUGGGGUGCCAGAGUGGUUGUUCCAAAGAAGGGACAGGCAGAUCUACUGAGACAGCUGCAUCAAAGCCAUCCAGGUAUUUCUAGAAUGAAGUCAUUAGCACGGAGCUACGUGUGGUGGCCUAAGAUGGAUCAAGAUGUGGAGAACACUGUUAAAGCCUGCAGUGUUUGUCAGGAAUACAGAAAUGUUCCAGCGGUGGCCCCAUUGCACCCCUGCGAAUGGCCAGACAGACCCUGGCAGAGAGUACAUGUGGAUUACGCGGGGCCCUUCAUGGGAAGAAUGUUUUUCAUUCUGAUCGAUGCCCAUUCUAAAUGGAUGGAAGUAUAUCCAGUGAACUCUUCUACAUCCACGGUGACGAUUGAGUGCCUUCGAAAAUGUUUCAGUACUCAUGGAUUGCCAGAGAUUUUGGUUUCGGACAAUGCAACAAGCUUUGUUAGCACCGAGUUUAAAGAGUUCAUGAGGAAAAAUGGCAUUUCACAUGUGACCUCAGCACCUUAUCAUGCUUCCACUAAUGGUCUGGCAGAGCGCGCAGUACAGAUUUUCAAGCGCCUAAUGAACAUGAGUGCAGAGGGAAGCCUGGAGACUAGGGUGUCUAGAGCUUUAUUUAGUUACAGAGUGACACCGCAGACCACAACGGGCUUGUCGCCUGCUGAAAUGUUGUUGGGAAGGAAGCUGCGAUGCACUCUUGAUUUGAUCCAUCCAGAUAUGGCACGCAGGGUGAUGAAUAAACAAGAGAAGCAGAAGAACGUACAUGACAGAAGAGCUAAAGAAAGAGGCUUUAAAGUGGGUGAUUCAGUGCAGGUCAGAAAUUACAGUCAUGGACCAAAAUGGGUCCCCGGAUUCAUAGAGACAGUGACUGGCCCAGUGUCAUAUACAGUGAUGCUGGGGGAUGGUAGAGUGGUCCGGAGACAUGUGGACCAGAUCUGUUCCAGACAGGAGGCAUCUGCUAAGUGCACGGGGGACGUCUUACCAGCACCUCUCUGUGCAGGUGAGCCUGCUGUGCUGGGAAGCAGGGCCCCGGAAGACCAGGUCAGGGAGAGUAUCGGUCCCGAUGGUGUGGAGGAAGGAACUGCUGCUGCUGCUGCUGCGGGGCAACCAGGGACUGCCGCUGAACCCGCAGAGACUCAAGCACUUGGGGUCUCGCAAUCUGGCCCGGAAAACACAGGGGUAGGCCUGAGAAGGUCACAGAGACGAAUUAACUUGCCCGGUUGGCUAAAGGACUUUGUGGUUUCCUAG